GGAAGCAGAGAGAAUAUGUAAACAUCUUUGAACUUUCUGAUGACUUUGCAAAGCAGUUAACAAUUCAGCACAAAGGCAUCCAGAGUCACGCUGACACGUUGUGACAGAAUCGCACAAUUACAUGGGAUCCAUCCCAUUCUGAAAAUGCCCCGAACAGCGAACAGAACAGGUAAAUGGAAUCAAACGUCAGAGCCAGCACAGCCUGAGAGCACCUUGAAACUCAGAUCCCACAAUCUAUGAAGAAAGUGUCCACAAUCUAUGAAGAAAGUGUUCUGCUGUGGCAUGAAAUAAAUGAAACAGAAAAUGACGGCAAGACUUCUAAGAACAUCUUUUGCUUUGCUCUUCCUUGGCCUCUUUGGGGUGCUGGGGACAGCAACAAUUUCAUGCAGAAAUGAAGAAGGGAAAGCUGUGGACUGGUUUACCUUUUAUAAGUUACCUAAAAGACAAAACAAGGAAAGUGAAGAGACUGGGUUAGAGUACCUGUACUUAGACUCUACAACUAGAAGCUGGAGGAAGAGUGAGCAACUAAUGAAUACCACCAAGAGUGUUUUGGGAAGGACAUUACAACAGCUAUAUGAAGCAUAUGCCUCCAAGAGUAACAACACAGCCUAUCUAAUAUACAAUGAUGGAGUCCCUAAAUCUGUGAAUUACAGCAGGAAGUAUGGACACACCAAAGGUUUACUGCUGUGGAACAGAGUCCAAGGGUUCUGGCUGAUUCAUUCUAUUCCUCAGUUUCCUCCAAUUCCGGAAGAAGGCUAUGAUUAUCCACCCACAGGGAGACGAAAUGGACAAAGUGGCAUCUGCAUAACUUUCAAGUACAACCAGUAUAAGGCAAUAGAUUCUCAGCUCUUGGUCUGCAAUCCAAAUGUCUAUAGCUGUUUCAUUCCGGCCACCUUUCACCAGGAGCUCGUUCACAUGCCCCAGCUGUGUACCAGGGCCAGCUCAUCAGAGAGUCCCGGCAGGCUCCUCACCACACUUCAGUCAGCCCAGAGACAAAAAUUCCUCCAUUUUGCAAAGUCUGAUUCUUUUCUUGACGACAUCUUUGCAGCCUGGAUGGCUCAACGGCUGAAGACACACUUGUUAACAGAAACCUGGCAGCGAAAAAGACAAGAGCUUCCUUCAAACUGCUCCUUUCCUUACCAUGUCUAUAAUAUCAAAGCAAUUAAGUUAUCACGACACUGUUAUUUCAGUUCUUAUCAGGAUCAUGCCAAGUGGUGUAUUUCCCAAAAGGGCACCAAAAAUCACUGGACAUGCAUUGGAGACCUAAAUCGGAGUCCACACCAAGCCUUCAGAAGUGGAGGAUUCAUUUGCACCCAGAAUUGGCAUAUUUACCAAGCAUUUCAAGGAUUAGUAUUAUAUUAUGAAAGCUGUAAUUAAACUUGGUGAAAGGACGCAUGCACUGUCAUUGAAAACCUUGACAAUGGGUCUUCUUCCAUUAUUCCUUCUUUAUAUUUUAAAAGCCUGUUUAUAUACUCAUAACCUGCAUAUCACAAAAUAGAACACUUUUCUCUCAUGUUUACCAUUUAA